UCAUUUGAGAAGCUAAAAAAGGAUGGGUGGUUUUGAUGAUUACAAGCCUGUCUUGGCCAUGUUUGGCCUGCAGUUUACUUAUGCAGGUCUUGCUCUGUUCGCUAGAGCUUCUCUUGUACAGGGGUUGAGCCCUAGAGUCUUUGUUGUGUAUAGACAAGCCGCAGCCACACUUUUCAUCUCCCCUGUUGCCUUCUUGUGGAGGAAGUCUCGUAGGACUUCGUUGGGAUUGAAGAGCUUCUCUUUGAUAUUCUUGGCAUCUCUCAUAGGGGUCGCAAUCAAUCAAAACAUUUACUUUGAGGGUAUGUACUUAGCCUCAUCAUCGAUGGCUAGUGCGACAGGCAAUCUUGUCCCUGCAAUUACAUUUCUGUUGGCGUCCGCUCUUGGAAUGGAGAAGGUUAAUGUAAGAAGUCUAAGAAGCAUUGCCAAAAUAUUGGGCACGGCAGUUUGCGUCUGUGGAGCGAUUGUUAUGGUGUUGCUCCAGGGACCAAAGCUUCUAAAUGCAGAGUUCCAUCUACUCGUGAGGUCUAUUUUUGCUUCUGAAGGCGACAAUUGGUUGCUGGGUUGCAUAUUUCUCAUUGGAAGCGCUUGUUGCUGGUCGAUUUGGCUGAUUCUGCAGGUCCCAAUGUCGGCAAGCCAUCCUGACCAUCUAUCUUUAUCAGCUUGGAUGUGUAUCAUAUCCACAAUUCAAUGUGCGGUCAUCACAUUAUUCCUAGAACAAGAUCCUGAAGCAUGGAAGCUCCAUUCCAAGCUUGGGAUAGCUUCAGUUUUGUAUGCUGGAAUUGUAGGAUCUGGAAUUUCUUUCUUCGUCCAGUCAUGGUGCAUUUCCCAAAGAGGCCCUCUCUUCUCCGCCAUGUUCAACCCUCUGGGCACUGUUAUAGUAACCAUUUUGGCUGCUAUAUUUCUGCACGAAGAAAUAUAUACCGGAAGCUUGGCAGGUGCAAUUGGGAUAGUAGCUGGUUUAUAUUUAGUGCUGUGGGGUAAAGCUAAAGACCUUGUUGAGAUCAAUGAAGAGACGGAGCCCAAGAUUCGAAUUGAUUGUGCUCACACCGUAAAACUAUCUGUUGAUGGGUUGUCACCGGAGAAGCUAUCAAGUAUUAAAUGUGAUUUGUCAGAACCUCUUUUAUCAGAUACAUCAGCUGACAAAACAAACCCCGUCUAGAUCGAUAAAUAAUGCGAAUUUUCUUUCUGUAUUUGAAUAGCACAGAGUGUGCUUCUUUUCAUUAUCCUUUAACAUUUAGGAUUCCAAAUGGUGUUUGUACCAACUAUUGAAAUGCCAGCAGGAGAAGGAAAAUCAUUUAGUAUA